GGGGGGGACCUUGGCACGGAGUUGGACCAAACUCUAAAUAUAGCCCAACCCACUUUCUGUGCAAUUCUCUUCAUACUCUGAAGGCAGAUGACCUUGUUGGAAAACUGACCUCCGAGUAUGUCCCUUUUCUUAGUAGAGAGGAUCUGAGGGAACAGGACUGCAGCGUAGAAGGACAGAAAAGCAAUCGACCAUCUGCAUGCAGCAAAUGAAUGUAGAUCCUUCAGAUGAUGAAGCUGUUGAGAAAGCGAGUGAUAACAAGACAGCAACACAUCAAGAUUCAGAUUCCAAACCUGCUGUGAAAAAGAAAAGAAAGCAGCCUACGGAGUGUUUUCUAAGUCAGCCUGAAGAAAAACAAGAGACCACUGUAAAGGCAAAGAGGAGAAAGAAGAAGAAAAUUUCUGAUAUUCUGCAAAAAACUGCUUCAAAACCUGGUGUCCCUGCAGAUCUACAAAAUCUGCUCAGUCAACAUUUUGGUGAAAACCGUUCAGUGAUUGAAAUAGAGGAAUUAAAGCUCUCAGAUUCCUGUUUUUUGCCAUCCAAUGAUCUCACGCACAGUUUUUCUUCAUACCUGAAGGAAAUCUGUCCUAAGUGGGCAAAACUCCGUAGAAACCACAAGGAGAAGAAGUCAGUGGUGAUGCUGGUUAUCUGCAGUUCUGCCCUUCGCUCCUUGGAACUCAUCAAGUCAAUGACAGCAUUCAAAGGAGACUGCAGAGUCCUCAAGUUGUUUGCAAAGCACAUAAAGAUAAAGGAACAGAUGAAUAUGUUGGAGAAAGGUGUGUUCCACAUUGGGGUUGGAACUCCUGGGAGAGUAAAAGCGCUAGUGGAGCAAGAUGGCCUAUGCUUGAACUCCACCAAAUAUAUGAUUCUGGAUUGGAACUGGAGAGAUCAGAAACUAAGGAGAAUGAUGGACAUCCCUGAGAUAAAGAAAGAAACAAUUGACCUACUGGAGAUGAGUAUUAUAAAGCUGUGCAGAGAGGGGUCUGUGAAGCUGGGACUUUUUUAAUGAGUUUACCAACAAGGAAGUAAUUUGCAGCUGCAUUUUACUAUUAUCCUGUCUGCAAUUGGCAAGUGAUAAACAGGUGAUGAAAUCAAGAGUUUUGACUUUUCAGACAUCUGUCAAGACAGCAAGAAUGCACAUUACAACUUUUUCUGAGUUUUCUUUUCGUAAUAAAAGAGACGUUUUGUUUGUAGUUCUAGUGUGAUUUUUAUUGCAGGAACAAUGUCAUACUGAAAUUAGAAUUACAUUAUUGCUUUCACCUGCUAGAUUUAGUACUAUAUGUCACUAUUAAGACUUCAAAGAUGAGAAAACCUGAGUGUGCAAGUCUUUGUACAGCUCAAUUUUCUGUUCUCUUCUGCUUUCCCAAAGGAGACAUGUAUUUCUCUCAUGAGAGUGGUAAUCUAGUUCUUGCCCUCGAGGGUCCUUGCAAAAGUUGUACGAAUUUCAGUAACAGGUCAAAAAGGUAUUUUUCACCUACCUGUACCAGAGCUGGCCAAAUGCUCUUUUUUUUUUUGCUUUUACAUGAUAAAUUAUCUGUAUAUUAUAUCAAGAUUUUAUUCUGGUUAAACUGUUGAAAUGUGCCAAAAAUAUUCUUCUGUUUGUCCACUGAAAUUAAAAGGAGAUGAACUCUG